AUGUCCAAUGAUUGUGAAAAUAUUUGCAUUACAAUAGAUGGAGAGGAUGAGGAAGAAGAUACUCGUUUUAAAUUAAUCCCGUUUGAGCAGAAUCUUAUGGUUGAAAAUUUUAUUAGUGAUGUUUUGUAUAUAAUGGCAAGUGGCCUCGCAUUAGAACGCCUUUUCUUUGCACAUUUGCAUUUGUACAGUGAUCAAAGGCAUACUUAUUUAAUAAUUAACACUACACCUGAAGAUGAGCAUUUUUAUUUGGAGAAAUUGAAAGCCUUAAAUCCAGAUUCACCACCAAAAUUGAUUACAGCAGAUGUGCUUGCCAAAGAUCGUGUCAUCAUCUACAAAUCGGGCGGAGUUCAGUUUGUAACAUCUCGAAUUUUAAUGGUUGAUUUACUGGCGGGACGUGUUCCUUUCGAUAAAGUUGCUGGUAUUCUCGUAUAUAGAGCUCAUGAUGUACUUCAUGGGUUUAAAGAAUCCUUUAUUCUUCGCUUAUUUCGAGAGAAAAAGAAAGAUGGAAUUGUUAAAGCUUUUACUGACCGUCCUCUUUACAUUGUUAGUACAGGAGUAAUUGGACAGCUUCAAAGAUUAUUAAAUUUACUUUAUGUUCGAAAAGUUGUUAUAGUGCCUCGAUUUCAUGAAGAACCUAAACUUACACAAAUGUCUAUAAAAUUACAACCUUUACAACGCAAAACACAAUCAACCCUUCAUGAUAUAAUUGCUACUUGUGUUCGUGAAUUGAAGCAGAGUACUAAAGGUUUUGAUCCAGAAACUUUGUCUGACACAUUAGCACCAUAUGCGACUUUAUAUCCCACUAAACUUGAAAUAGAAUUGCGUAAAAAUGAUGUUGAGGAUUUGGAUCCAACAAAUGCUAUGAAUUUUAUUUCUUGGUUACGAAACGAUGAAGAGACAAUCAAAAACAAUAGUGGAUGGCUUUUCACCAAAUCUGCUGCAACUCUUUUCUCAAGUAUUGACGAUUUAUGUUCUUUACAUGAUAAUGAAGGGAAUAGAACAAUUACAGCACCUUCAAAAUGGAGUGUUUUUUGCAAUUUAAUAAAAGAAAUUACUGACAAAUUGAAAACCGAAAAUUCUGAUUCGCCUUUGCUUGUACUUGUCUCUAAUGAGUCCUUGUCACGUCAAUUGAUUGAUUUGAUGGCCCCUUCACGUCGUGACAGUUUUUCAAUGGCGCCUCCUAUUGAACCUCUUUGGAAUCCAGCAAAUAUAGCAUGUUAUGAUGAACAAAUAUUUGAAAAAAAAUUGCCAUUAAUUCGAGAAGUCGUCCCUGAAGGAAUGCUACCUGAAGAUCCAUUUACUUCAUUUUAUGAGCACGAAAAAGAUGAAAAAUCAAAGGAAGAAAAACAAAAAGUCGAGGAUGAACAACAAAAGAAUUCACAAAACUCUAUUAUUUGCCUAGAAGAGGAUGAAGAAGGUGCAUCUACUUCACAUUAUUCCCCGCCUCUCCCACCAACUCCAGAAGAUCCACAUAGAUCUAGUAGAUUACCUCUACGACGAUUUCAAAAUGAUGAUAAUUUUGAACAGCCACAAAAUGACGUUGAUUGGCAAAUAAAACAAUUAGACCCUCCUUUGGAUAAAUCAAUAGCUUCAAUUCAUAUUAUUGAUGAAUUUAACAGAACCCAAGAAGAACAAAAUUUGGCAGAAAAUAAAAAGGAUGACCAAAAUGAACAAACAAAAAUACAAAAUAACCAAAUAAAUAAACAAAAUUCAAUGCUCAUAUUUUUAGAAGUUGGAAGUAGAUAUCAAUUAUUAAAUUGUUUAGAAACAUUAAAACCUUUAUAUAUAAUUAUGUAUAGUCAAGAUAUGGCUGCUACACGGACCUUUAAAUGUCUUAAUGAAGAUCAUCCACUUGAAUUAUAUGUGCUAAUGUAUGAGGAUAGUUAUGAAGAAGAACGUUAUCUUUCUUCUUUACAACGCGAAAAUGAAGCAAUAGAAACACUUAUAAAGGAACAAUCUCUCCUUUUGGCUCCACGAGAAUUUGAUGUUAGUAGAGAUUCUACAUCACAACUACGACGUUUAACUACUCCACAAAGGAGAGACACUAGAUACCAAAGAUCAGGCUCUUCAAAAGCUAGCCAAAUGUUUCUCUGUGAAGAUGAAGAGGAGGAAAAUAUGGAGAAUAGACAAAAGGUUAUAGUCGAUCUUCGUGAAUUCAACAGUGAAUUACCUACAGUUUUAUAUAGACGUGGAAUUGAUUUAAUGGCAGCAAUGCUUGAAGUUGGUGAUUAUAUUCUAUCUCCAGAUAUUUGUUGUGAAAGAAAAUCUCCUGAUGAUUUAACUCAAUCAUUGCUUAGUGGACGUAUUUUCAAACAAGUUGAGCAGAUGAAGAAAUGUUACAAAUAUUAUAUUCUUUUGAUUGAAUCUGCUGAAAAAUAUAGGAAUAAGAAUAAUCCUUUUCAGGGUGAAAUGAGUAGAUAUAGUCGAAAUGUUCGUUCGUUAUUUGCAAUACUAAUACGUGAAUAUCCAAACCUACAAGUUCUUUGGAGUGUUUCGCCUUCACACAGUGCUGAACUUUUUGAAGAAUUAAAGGUUUAUUUUAUUCUUUUUUUUCUAUAA